AUGGAUAAUGUUGAAAGCAUAAUUACAGAAAUCUUCAAAAAUGAAAUUUAGAUUAAAAGAAUUAAAAAGGGUAUAUUAGAUUAAUAUCAUAGAGCUUUAAUCAAUUGAAUAACUGAAGAAAGAAGAUUUUAAGAUUACAUUAAAAGCAUUAACCCCUAAUUUAUAAAUCAUUGUAAACAUUUUAAUGAGGUUAGAUUGAAAUGUCUCCUAUACGAUAAUUAAACUAAUAACAACCUAUUAAAUUUGCAUUAUAUUUAGAUAAUAGAUUUCCUUUCGUGUUUCCAAAAGUGCAUAUAUUAAGCUAAGUAAUUAUUAAAGUCACCAAAGAUCACCAAACCAACCUUGUCUGAUGGUCGGGACUAUCUAGAAAAUAUUAUAUAAGGACCCUGGAGCCCUUAAAUAUUGCUCUAUGAAAUAAUUAAAAUGUUUCCAUAAUUCUUGGUAAUAUCAUUUAUUCUAAUGCAAGGAAAAAAUUAAAGAAAGUCAAAAUGAUAGAGACUAUCUGUUGCAAUUAGGAAAAUACUAUGAGAAUUAGGAGUUCGAUAUAAGAAUUGGUUUAGAAAAUGUUGAAUAUUUGCAGUGUAAAUAAAUAAUUAAUGGAAAAUAAUAUCCAAGAACGCUUUUAGUCAGCGAUAGUCAUCUGCUAAAUUUUGAAUAUUAGAGCAAAGAGUUAAUGCUCCUCAAUUACUUUAGUAUGAAAAACCUACAAGAUAUUCAGAAAGCUUAAAAAAAUAUUUUAUUGAACUGGUAAAUAAAUGAUGGUAGCUUAAUUGCUUAAACUUUAACUUCAGCUAAUAUAAAUUAGCUUUAUAACUCUAUAAACUCCAAUAAACUAGGUCAGACUGGGAGAAGACUUAACUAAGAUGAUGUGACAUUACAAAAAUUUGAAACCAUUUAAAUUAAUGAACUGUUGUAAUAAUUAAGUUUAAAUGAAGUAGAGUUGUCGAAGAACCUCAAUAAAAUCUCUUUAAAUAAUUUAAUGGCUUCAUAUUAAUAAGUAUAUCUUUUAUAAACCGUAGGCUAUUGAAUAUUAUUCAGUAUUUUCAGAUGAAGACUACAAAUAAUAUGUUACUCGUCUUUAAACUUUGCUUGGAAGAGAGGAUGUAUAAACUAUCUUAGCUAGUCCUGUUAAAUGA